UCUCGUUUUUGCUUCAGUUGGCAUAAUUAUUCUCUUAAAAGAUGCUGCCAUAUAAAAGAGUUGAAGAAGGAUCACAUAAAUUGACUCUGAUACCACUGCCCAGUGCCUAAGGUUUUCUACGUUCAGUUAACUGUAGGUGAGCAUGAGUUUUUUGGUGAAGGAAAGACUCGACAAGCUGCUAGACACAAUGCUGCAAUGAAGGCACUUCAAGCUCUUCAGAAUGAGCCAAUCCCUCCAAAAUUACCUCAGACUGGACAGCCGGGAAAAGAAAUGGAAGAAGAAAAAGACGCAAACAAGUCAGAAAUCAGUAUAGUGUUUGAAAUUGCACUGAAGCGCAACAUGCCUGUCAGUUUUGAGAUAAUAAAGGAAAGUGGGCCCCCACAUAUGAAGAGUUUUGUUACUCAAGUAUCAGUUGGAGAUUUCUCAGCUGAAGGUGAAGGAAACAGCAAAAAGCUCUCAAAGAAACGUGCUGCAAUAAUUGUCCUGCGAGAACUUCGAAAACUUCCCCCUCUUCCUGUAAUUGAAAAGCCAAAACUUCAUUUUAAAAAACGUCCAAGAACAAUAUUAAAAACUGGACCAGAAUAUGGUCAGGGAAUGAAUCCUAUAAGCCGACUGGCUCAGAUUCAACAAGCUAAAAGAGAAAAGGAACCAGAGUAUCUUCUUCUUUCAGAAAGAGGGAUGCCUCGUCACCGAGAGUUUGUUAUGCAGGUUAAAGUGGGACAUGAAAUUACAACCGGAACAGGUCCCAACAAGAAAAUAGCAAAACGGAAUGCAGCUGAAGCUAUGUUGUUACAGCUUGGCUAUAAAGCCUCUUCUCCACUUCAGGAACAGCCAGAAAUGCUAGGAGAGAUCAAGGGGUGGAAUGGUCAAAAUGUUGGAUAUCCUGAACCAAAAAGUACCA